CGAAUACCCCAUGUGAAUCCAUCGCCCACCGCCUAUGCAAAUUCACUCUUGAUUCACGUGCACAAGAUGCUGGAGCGGGUCCGUACCGCUGCCGCAAUCCAGCCAAUUUUCCUUUUCGAUACGAACUAGCCAUAGAAUCCAUCGCCCCGGUAGAUCGAUCGGCCGUACUCUCACUAUGGCGACCAUUGUCCCCUCCGCGACGACGACGGUGACUCCGGCGCUCAAACCAUCACAAUCGAUGCCGACGACGGCGCAGAAGUCGAACGGGACAAGUGCUCCGACUGCCCCGCGCAUGGACCUGGAGCCCAUCUACACGGCCCUCAAAAACACCAUACCGGAACACUGGACGGAAUAUAAAGUCGCUGUCAGCGAGUUCAUUCUGGGCCGUCUGGACCAAGAUGAAUUCACUAGGCGAAUAGACCCAUAUAUCAGCAUUGACCCCACCCGGCUACACCAUCACAAUCAAUUGAUAUGCGCCAUUACAUACAACUGCGGGCGCGAUCCCCCAGAGCCUGGGGUUGCCGCUUGGGUGUCUGCCAAUGACAAGCCGCUCACCGCGCCAAAGCCGACGUCGGGUGAUGCAGCGGAGCACCGAUUGAAGACGGAGGUGAUGCAGCUUCCCGCUCGAGAUCGGUUUAGGCUUAAGACAAUACAAGAUGAUCCGUACGAUGAAUUAGGGAAGACGUUCAAUGACUACCAUGCCGCUCGCCAGAUCAAGAUACCAGAUAUUGUUCCCACCUCCGCAGGUGGGUUCAACAAGACAAACUGGGAACUCGAAAUCCGCAAACACUACACCCAACCCCUCUAUUCCGAAACCAACGAAUUCCCCGACGUCGACUCCAUCCAAGGCCGUAUGGUCCCGAUCUGCUACGAAGAAGGCCUCGGCGGCGGCUGCGCGAACGGGUGCUCCGAAUUCCUCAAUAUUGCCUCCGAAGCCUUCAUCAAAGAAGCCCUAACCGUCUUUCUCGGCCGCGUCCGCUCCAAUGGCCAGAACUUCAUCAAAACCCGCACGUUCAAGCGGCGCCUCGAACGCGAGGAGUUCCUUGCGCAAAACACAAACACGGUGGUCCAGCGUAACGCCGAGUGGCUGCUGCCAUGCGAGGUCGACGCGAUGCAGGAGUGGCGACCGCUCACGUUGGCGGAUCUGCGGGUCGCGGUACAGCUCGGGGAGAGCUUCUUCGGGCAGGCGCCGUUGAUCGCGCAGCGGAUGAUGGAGCGGUGGCCGGAGGCAGACGAUGAGGAUCCGCGGUGGAAGAAGGAGGUGCCAAAGACGAAUGGGGUGCAUCCCGCGGCGGCAGAAUCGGGUGUCAAUGGGCAUCGGGAGGAGGAGGGAGUAGGGGAUCAGGAUUUUGGGUGGGUAGGGGCGACCGGAAGUGAUCGUGAUACGUUCCUUUCGGUACUUGAUGAUUGCCUUGCCGUGGGUCAGUAAGGCUAGGACCAAUAUCAAGGGACGUGAGCGGAGUAACGGUGUUGCAUAACGGAUGUUUACAGAUAGGACUUCCUAUCGUGGUCGUCCGUGGAGGAUUCCUCGAUCCUUGCCCAUGCCCGUCGAUACUGAUGUACGGCUUUAUCAGUCAUUGUCGGCGUUUUUGUGUGCUUUUUGCAUCUUUCCGGCGCCAAGGGAAUGGUUCAGAUGGGAAUAACGAAGCCGGAGUUUUUGGAUAUGGGUGCUCACGAUACCCUGGGCAUGGGCGAUCUCAUGUUGAACAUGGCGGUUACAUUGUCGGAGGGACGAAGGUGUUGUGUGACGAUUACUAUUCCAUGUCAUAAUAUGUCCCGCCCGAGGCGGAUGGAACUACCGCCUGGCCUUCUGCUAUCAAAUUACGUGCCACCAGCAACAUCACACC